AUGGCUUCAGGCUUGUUUUCCGACUUUUCUCUAUGGCAUAUUCCUGCUGUUUUUGUAGCCACUGCUUUUACCUUUGGUGGUCUUUUACCUUUCAUUUCACCUGCUCGGGCUAUGCGAGAAUAUGGCUUACCAGAGCGUAUUGCCAACUCACAACCCGCCCAUACAGCCUUUGCCAUCUAUGGAAGUAGAGUAUCCGCAUAUGGCCUGGCCCUAUGGUAUUUUUAUCUCAGCGGACAAUACAGUACCGUUGACACGUUGAUAAGCUUGACGUUCUGGUGGGGGGCAGCUGAUCUGUACGUCUGCUUGAAAGCAGGGGCUCCAGGGACAGCGGCUUGGAGGCUUGCGAGCAGUGUCUUACUUAGUGGCUGGGGCUACCUGGGUUUAACUGCAAAGGGAUCUUUAUAA